AUUAGCACUCGGAAGACCCACCUCUCUUCCAACAGAAGAAGCUCCUGAUCUCGAUCGAGUGUCAUGGCGAACAAGAAAGAUAGGAGGUUCAGAGAUGGCAUGGCCAUGGUGCGCAAGAGGUCGCCGCCGGGGCCAACAACGCUGCACGAGGUCCCCGACAAGCUCCUCGAGCUCAUCCUCCUUCACUUGAGCUCGCCGGUCUGGCUCAUCCACGCCGCCGCCACAUGCAAGCGGUGGCGCCGCAUCAUCGUUGACAGAAGGUUCCUCUGUAACAUUUCCAACCGCGACCCCUCAUCCGUUGUCGCAGGCCACUACCAUAACCACGCGUCCCCCGUCGACGGCCGUCGCCACGUCUUUGUUCCCUCUUCGCCGGCGCUCGCUGUCGGUAGCCACCACUUCUCCCUCGACUUCCUCCCUGCGGGUGGCGGCACCUCAUGGGAGAUCAUCGACAGCUGCCACAGCCUCCUCCUCCUCGCCAAGAAGAAGACCGGGUGGAGACGCCACGAAAUUGUCCAGAGUUUUAUAUGUUGUUUUCAUUGCAAAAUGAUGGGUCUCCUUGCUUGCCGGACCUCCUCGUCUGCGAGCCGGUCACGCAGCGCUACAGGCUAAUCCCGCGCAGGCGCGCAUGGAGCACAUGAAAUACCAGCGCUGCCUCGCUGUAUUCCUCCACGGCUGCCGCAGCAGAGGAGCUACCACGAGGAGAGGCCACACCAUUGAUGUCAUGUUCAAGUUCAAGGUGGUUUGCGUGCUCUACCGUGAAUCCGCCGGAAUAUCUGAUGACAUUGGCGUGAUGAGAGCCUACGUGUUCGAGCGAAACUACAGGGGGAAGCCUGGCUGGUACGUCAGGCACCGACCCAUGGACGAGCCUCGAAUCAGCCAAGAUGGCUCCACAGAGCCCCUGCACUUCCUUGGUCGUGCCACCAGCUCUCUGUUCUGGGCCCUGCAGGACGACGUCUCAUCCCUGCUCGCCUACAAUUUCCAUUGGAGAAGGGAGUUUGAGGUCCUCCCGUUGCCGGACCACAUCCAAGGGCUGCCUUGCCGAGCCUUCGGCAACGACGACGGCGAGGCGUGCCUUGUUUGUUUUCAGGGCAGCAGCCUUCACGUCUUCGCGUAUAACGAUGGCGACUGGGACCUUGAGGAGAGCCUCGAAUUAGUGGAGGCCACUCGUGGGCUGGAAGGGCACAAAGAUGAGUAUUUCCGGGCGUCUAUGAAGAUUGUCACGGCCAGGCCAGCACGAUGUCUAUCGUGCUUUCACCGGCAGAUCAGACAUGGCAAUUCUCAGUCGAUCUCGAGACGAUGGAGGUCUCGAGAUACAAAAACAAGACUCAUGGUUCUCCAAGUGUGGCUUAUCCAUGUGAGCUUCCAUGGCUACCUGCUAUCCAUGCUUGUAUGGUGCGUUGUAGAAGACGGGGCAGUUUCGCGUGUACUCACUUUUGUAGAUGUUGAGUGAUUUUGUUUUGUUUUGUUUUGCGAAUGAGUGAUUUUGUUGUUCCAUUUUGAAAGUGUAUUAGUGUAUUUAUUUAUUUGUUGCUUAUA